AUGCAACUGACCGGAACUAUCUCCACCAUUCUGGAAAGAAAGCUACAAGCUGACAAAAAGAUAGAUGUUAACCAUGAAGAGGCCAGAUCCAACAUAAAGAAUCAAGGGGCAACAAUUUCAAAGUUAGAGGCACAAUUAGGGAGCUUAUCCAAGCAAAUACCUAUGUCCACACAUACCUUUCAUAGUGACACAAUGGCUAACCCAAGGGGAGAGUGCAAGGCUAUAAUAUUAAGAAGUGGAAAGGUGGUGGAAGAAACAACCCCAAGUCAAAGCCACCAAGAAGAAGAAAUUGCAAAGGAACUUGAAAUCAAGAAGGAGGAAGAGACCUCCACACCAUCCUCACCAAGGCAAGUUCUAAAUCCUUAUGUGUCGAAGGCACCCUACCCAGAAAGACUGAGAAAGGAUGGAAAAGACAGCCAGUUCUCUAGAUUCCUAGAAAUCUUCAAGAAGCUACAGAUCAACAUACCUUUUGCUAAGGCACUAGAACAAAUGCCACUCUAUGCCAAAUUUUUAAAGGAGCUCAUGACAAGGAAGAGGAAUUGGGGGGAGAAAGAGACUUUAGUGCUCAUUGAGGAGUGUAGUGCCAUAAUACAAAAGAGGCUUCCCCAAAAAUUAAAAGACCCUAGGAGCUUCCAAAUCCCCUGUAUCAUUGGGGACAUGAACAUUGAGAAGACAUUAUGUGAUCUCGGGGCAAGCAUAAACCUUAUGUCUUUGGCCAUGAUGAAAAGAAUGAGAAUAGAGGAAGCCAAGCCAACAAGGAUGGCACUCUAA